CACACUUUCGCAGCCACAUUCUUGCAUAAUUUACGAAUUACACCUCAAUUCACUUUCAAAGUUCGCUGAUUUAGGUCGGGUCUUCAAAGUGAAAAAGCGCCUAGUCAUGCAGUGUCCGUUCCUGAAUCGCUUCACCGCCAGCUUCCUACGCAACUAUGCGGAAACCCUCUGUCAAUCCUACGGGAUGCACUGCCCAGUGGUGGGAAAGACCUUGAGCUCGGGCGAAAAGAAACUUUCGCUCGUCGCCGCAAGUGUUACAAGGUCUUUCUCAACUGGGGCGGGGGCUGCGGGAAACGGCCUCGGAGCUGACGUAAAGACAGCUCCCGCUGAAAAGGAAAAAGCCCCCUCGGAGACCUUUCCCUACGAGCGCUUUUUUAACGAGCAGAUUAUGAAAAAGAAGCGGGACCACUCGUACAGGGUCUUUAAGAAAGUUAACCGCCUGGCGGGUGACGGCCUAUUCCCGCACGCCCUGGAGUACUCAGAGCGGACGGAGAAGCCCAUCACGGUGUGGUGCUCCAACGACUACCUGGGUAUGUCCGCCCAUCCUAGUGUUAAAAGGGCUGUCCAGGAAGCACUCAACAUGCACGGAUCCGGGGCCGGUGGCACCAGGAACAUCUCGGGCAACUCUCUGCACCACGAACGCCUCGAGCGAAAGCUGGCCGAGCUGCACCAGAAGGAGGCUGCAUUGCUCUUCACCUCGUGUUUUGUGGCCAACGAUUCGACGCUAUUCACGCUUGCAAAGCUUUUACCAGGCUGUCAGAUCUUUUCGGACGCGGGCAACCACGCCUCUAUGAUCAUGGGCAUCCGGAACAGCGGGGUGCCCAAGCACAUCUUCAGACACAACGACGUGGACCACCUGCACCAGCUAUUGAAGCAGACGGACAAGAGCACGCCUAAGAUCGUAGCCUUUGAGACGGUGCAUUCCAUGACGGGGGCCAUCUGUCCGUUAGAGGAGCUACUGGAUGUGGCCCACGAUUACGGUGCCAUUACGUUUAUCGAUGAAGUGCACGCCGUAGGGUUGUACGGCAAUCAUGGAGCCGGAGUCGGUGAGCGGGACGGGGUGUUGAACAAAAUGGACAUUAUAUCAGGAACUUUGGGCAAGGCGUUCGGUAACAUUGGAGGCUACAUAGCUGGGUCCGACAAGCUGGUCGACAUGAUUCGCUCGUACGCGGCUGGCUUCAUCUUCACCACCUCCCUGCCGCCGACUGUACUAUGCGGAGCCCUGGAGGCCGUUAACAUCCUGGCAUCGGAGGAGGGUCGUCAGUUACGGCACAUGCACCAGCGAAACGUCUCCUACCUGAAAAACUUGCUGAAACGAGAAGGUUUUCCCGUCGAGGAAACACCAAGUCACAUCAUUCCCAUCAAAAUCGGAGACCCUUUAAAAAGUAGUCAGAUCUCAAACGUGCUGAUCGAACAAUUCGGGCAUUAUCUGCAAUCGAUUAACUACCCAACUGUUGCUCGCGGUGAGGAGAAACUCCGACUGGCACCCACUCCCUUUCACACUUUCGAAAUGAUGAACGCCCUGGUUACCGAUCUAAAGAAAGUGUGGGAAAUGGUGGACCUCUCAACCAACGUCCCGCUUUCGCCAAACGCAUGCAUGUUCUGCAACUCGGAGAGUUGCUGGCACCAGGAUGCCUCCCCCGAUCUUGAAUGUGGAAUCCCCAACUGUCCUCGCUUGGAAAUCUCCGUUGCUGCAUAGUAUCCCUCUCUGAAAAACCUCUAAAAACUAAAGCAUUCGAAAUAUUUACGUUCUACAAAUUAACUGGUUUUGGAGAAAAAAAAAUACAAUGGUUUUGGUGCAAUAUA